UAGAAAUGUUCGAGAGAAGAUAGACAACAAUAUGAUUUUAUUAAUCACAUUUUUUUUGGUUCUUAUUUGAAGAAAUAUCCAAGCUUAUCGUUGAAAUCAACAGUCACGUGGCUUUAUUUCGUGAUAUGUUAACGCAAAUUGGUAUGUCGAAGGAUUGCCCUGAGAUGCGUGAAAAGAUACGAAAAUUGCGUCGCAACUGCGUCGAAGCUUGCAAGCAUACAGCGCGAAUAAUAUUGCCGCAAGUCAGAAGUUCGACGGCUGACGGUAUGCUGGCUGAUAAUCCGCACUUUGUCUUAUUGUUUUACUUAGCGAAGCUGUUUUUACGUGAGCUGCUAAAAAGUUACCGCCUGGUUCAAGUAGUGCCAAUGGAUAUGUCCGAUUACUACGAAAAUCGUGCUGGACCUUCAAAUCUGGGAAAUGUAAUGAGUCAAAUUUUGCUCUGCAAACAAAUAACACCCGACUUCAAUCAGGAAGAGUUGUAUAGUAUUACAAAGGACUCGCAAGAAAUCGCAAGGCUGCUUACUGAAAUGCAGGAAUACAUGCCACAGAAUAAAGCUUAUAUUGAACGUAAUGCCGCACUAGGCUCCAAUGGAUUGUGCCCUUUCAAGCGAAUGCGAAGUGCCAUUUACAAAAACAUCAGCUUACUCUGUUGCGUGUCAAGACCGAGUUACUUAUGAAGAAAAACAGGAUCGAAGAUGGUUGACAUUCAAAUGGUAUAGUUACAACGGUGGGCAAACGCGGCUCUUUGAGCCAAAUGCGGCUCUUUGCUUAGCAAAG